GCAAUGGACAUUUCUGCGCAGAGAUUUGCCAUGAACGGAAGAAGCAUGAGACUCCCUCCCGGGUUUCGGUUCGAUCCCGAUGAUGAAGAUCUUGUGUUCGAGUAUCUCGCCAAGAAGGUCCUCCACCGUCCAAUGGACUUCGAUCUCCCUGAGCUCCGUUCUUGCAAUGUUGAUCCAUGGGACUUGCUAGGAGAGAAGAACAAGGAAGUGUAUUACUUCGUGAAGAAGGAAGAGCGAGAGAGGAAGGGAAGAGAGACGUUAUCCGGUUAUUGGGAAGAGUGUGAAGAAGAGGAAGUAAUGGAGGCUGGUGGUCGUGAUUGUAUUCAUUUAGAAGGAAGGAGAAAGACAUUUGCUUUCUUUAUUGGAAAAAAACCUCGAGGGACAAUAACUCCAUGGAUCAUGUACGAGUUCCGACUUCUUUCCUCUAGAGCUACAAGGUGGUCAUCGUCCCCUCUACCUCGGGGUGAGGUAGGAAAAUGGAGGGCGGUGAAAGUCGUAGUGAAGGAAGAGAAUGAUGAAGAGAUGGUGGAGGAUGAGCACGAGUCUGACGAGUCUGAUGGCGAGGAAGUUAUUCAAAGCCGGUGACGACCGAGGUUGAUGCCAUAAAUAUAUGUACUUGGUUUUGUGGUGAAUCGUUUGAAUUUAGUUACUAUUGUUAGGAUAUUAGGGAACAUCUAAAUGAAAUAUAUAUGCAUGAUUUGUCUUAUUGUCUUCCAAGCCCUUUGGAAUGGAAUGGAAUGUAAUUGAGGAUGUGGUGAAAGAUGCCACAAGUUGCUUUCACUCUCCCGUUUUAUUUUGUUCUUGUCCAAUUAUAUAUAUAUAUAUAUUAUUAGUGGUCCGUUAGACCAAUCCA